AUCGUGUACUAAUGAGCAACUUACGUCAAUUGUCAAAUGCUCCGCCUCGACGGGCUCGACACUCUUCGAGCACCGCCCGACUAACCGAGUCGGACACGGUCAAGAUGGAGGACAAGCAACAGUCGUCGUCGUCGUCUCAAUCACAGUCUCUCUGGAAGCCUUUCCUUCUCACUAUCCUGUUCGGUCUGUUGCUGUCUCUCUUUACGACCGCGCUGCUCGUCCUCAUCCGUCUGGGCCUACCCGCACUCCGAGAUGCGAGUUUCGUCGAGACCAACUGCACGACCUACUCGAUCGACGCGCUCGUGCCGUUCUCGUGUAGCUACGACUGCGGAAACGAUUUCGUACCGUGCGAGCGACACUUCACAUGCCAGCAAGUGUUGGCGACGACACAUUUGCAACGAGGGACGGCGCCGGCGCUCCUCCUGUGGGACAUCGACGCCGUUACGAGCGAUUCGUUGCGCUGCUCGAACUAUCCCGACUGCAAGUUUCGCAUGAUUGCCCAGGUCUACGGUCGUCCCGGAUCGCAAUACAAGUGCUAUUACGACACAUCACGACCUGACAUUGUGCUGCUUCGAGCUCCGUCCGAUCCGCUGCCCUACCUCGUUGUCCCCUCUUUGACAGCAUUUGCUUCGUUCGUUCUAGUCGUUGCGUUGCUGUACUGGCGAUGUAGAGGCGAGUCGGUGUGCGAUGAGACGGACGGUGAAGAGAGUAGUCUAGAAUCGGAUGUGAAGUACUACAGGUGCACUUCAGUAUAAAAUAGCAACGUACUGUGUAUAUAUGUAUGCAGUGGCUUUUCCGAUUUAGUAGCAAGUAAAGUUUCUUUUCUAGUACUAUAUAUCUAGAUAUGCAGUAAUGAUAGAGCCUAUUUACGAUACUACCUGAGAAAUUUUGCAGUUGACCAUCUUGACAGUAAUAGUGUUUUUAUGUAGGCACGCAGUUUGCUUCAAGGGAUCGAGUAAAUAUAGCGUACAGUGUACCGCGGAUAAAUGCAAAACAGUGGUACAGUGUAUCUUCGAGCACC